GUUGAAAGUUCUUAAAACCCAAAAAAAAAAACACAAAACAAUUUCCCAGAAAGAACGAAACACACGAACAUGCGAGGAAGAAUGAACAGCAGUUAUACACUUCUAUUACAAACCCUGCCCCUGCCCGCAAUCUGACCCGCCGUAGACGUACACAAACUGAAAAUUGAAUAUCGGAGACAUCGGCAGAAAUCGGACAAAGUGAGUGGCCGAUACUACCUUAUGGCUGCGUCAAUAGAAGAGAAGAAAAUCCAGGAUGAGUUAUCGGCUAUAAUAAUUUGGGCGGAGCGAGUUCGCGUAGCGGUUGAUGAGGCAGAGUACUUCAAAGCCGACUGUCAAGAAGUAGGUAAGCAAGUGGAUCGGCUCUUACAAAUGCUCCGGAACGUUGCUCGGUUCGCCGGCUCAUCUCAGUCACUCUACGACCGGCCGAUUCGCCGCGUAAUUUCCGAGGUGUCAAGACACAUAGAGCGUGCCCUAACCCUAGUCCGGAAGUGCAAGCGUCGGAGCGUGCUACGACGUGUCGUCACCAUUGUAACUGCCGCCGACUUUCGGAAGCUGAUAAACCUGCUGGAAGCCUCCGUCGGCGACAUGAGAUGGCUUUUGAGUAUCUUCGACACUGAAAACGGCGGCGCUUCGGGCGGUAUAGUUCUUUCUUUGCCACCUAUAGCUAGUAAUGACCCGAUUUUAUCUUGGGUUUGGUCUUAUAUUGCUGCUAUACAUAUGGGCCAAUUAAGUGAUCGUAUUGAAGCCGCUAACGAAUUGGCUUCGCUGGCUAAAGAUAACGAUCGUAACAAGAAAAUUAUUGUUGAAGAGGGUGGAGUCCCUCCUUUACUUAGACUUUUAAAAGAAACCUCCUCGUGGGAGGCGCAAAUAGCGGCUGCCACGGCUCUGUUUAAUUUAGCAAAUGAACAAGAAAGAGUGAGGGUUAUAGUGAAUGAGCUUGGGGUUCCAAUUAUAGUGAAUGUUUUAAGUGAGUCUUUGAUGAAAGUUCAGAUUCAGGUGGCGAGUUUGGUGGCCAGAAUGGCGGAGCAUGAUAAUGUGGCACAGGAUGAUUUUGCGAGGGAGAAUGUGAUUAGGCCACUCGUGACGAUUUUAUCUUUCGAGACAUUUGUUGAUGAUCAAAGGACUAAUUUGGGUAAGCCGAGUAUUCAUUCACUUGUGCAGAUUAAUAAAGAAUUGGAGAAGAACACAAUGGUUGGUUCCAAGAGUUCUCGUCCUUACAUGCAUUUGUAUAGUGAAGGUAGUAGUAGUAGAUCAGGGCAGAAUAGGAAAGAGAGGGAGAAUGAGAAGCCUGAGGUGAAGAUAAAGUUGAAAAUUGCUUGUGCUGAGGCUUUGUGGAUGCUUGCAAGAGGGAGUGUGCCGAAUAGUAAGAGAAUAACAGAAACAAAGGGGUUGCUUUGUUUGGCAAAAUUGGUUGAAAAGGAACAAGGUGAAUUGCAGUCGAAUUGUUUGAUGACAAUAAUGGAGAUAACUGCUGCUGCUGAACGAAAUGCUGAUCUUAGACGUGCUGCUUUUAAGACUAAUUCUCCUGCUGCUAAAGCUGUUGUGGAUCAGCUUUUGAGGGUGAUUAAAGAUUUAGACCCAACAUUGCAAAUUCCUGCUAUAAAAUCAAUUGGCUCAUUGGCCAGGACUUUCCCAGCUAGAGAAACUAGAGUACUUGGUCCUUUAGUGGAUCAACUUAGUAAUAAGAACCCUGAAGUGGCAACUGAAGCUGCGAUUGCGUUGCAGAAGUUUGCUAGUCUUGAGAAUUUUCUCUGUAUGGAGCAUUCAAAGGCAAUUAUUGAGUUCAAUGGUGUUCCACCUCUGAUGAAACUGCUAAGGGGUAAUGAUCGGACGCAGUUGCAUGGAUUGGUUCUGCUCUGCUACCUUGCAUUACAUGCUGGCAAUAGCGAGGCUUUGGAACAAGCUAGGGUGUUGACCACCCUUGAGGGGGCUGACCGCACUGUGGUUUCACAGCAUCCUGAGUUGAAAGAUCUGCUGUCGAAGGCGAUAAACCACCUAAAUCUGUAUCAUCCUGGAGUUCAUUCUCAAAGGCUGGCAUAUGGGCCUUUAUAAUUCAAAUAUUUCGUUUUGGUAAAUUAUUGUGUUGAUACAUUUUUAUCAGAUGGAAAUAGGGGUACAAAAAAAACACAUUGUUGGC